AUGCAGUCAAAUUCCUUUUAUUUUUAUUUUUUUUUCCUCCAAAAAUUUGGUAUUACAGCGCUGCACGUCGCGGCGGGGCCAGCAAGCCGGCCGCCGUACGGCGAGACCUUCUUCGGCCGCCCCACCGGCCGCGCGUCCGACGGACGGCUCGUCAUCGACUUCCUCGUUGAGGCGCUGGGCGUACCCCAACCGACGCCGUACCUCGCCGGGAAGACGGCGGCGGGUUUCUUGCGCGGUGUGAACUUCGCGGUGGGCGGGGCGACGGCGCUUGACCCGGAGUUCUUCGAGAGCAGAGGGCUCAAGCCGUUCGUGCCGGUUUCUCUUAGGAACGAGACCAGCUGGUUCAAGAAUGUUUUGCAGCUUCUUGGCCCAGUUCAUGAGCAGAGGAAGGUCACGGCGACCUCCCUCUUCCUCGUCGGAGAGAUCGGAGUGAAUGACUACCUCAUCGCCCUCGUCGGCAACCGCACCGUCGGCGAGGUGAAGACCUUCGUGCCGCACAUCGUCGGCGCCAUCCGUUCGGUCGUGACCAGAGCGAUCGCUGCCGGCGUAGGCACGGUGGUGGUCCAGGGGAUGAUACCGCUCGGCUGCGAGCCGCAGCUGCUCGCGCUCUACCAGGGCGUCAUCGACGCCGGUGGCUACGAUCCGGAGUCCGGCUGCCUCACGCGGCUCAACGGCCUCGCCGAGCUGCACAACCAUGCCGUGAACCGCAUGCUCAUCAGCCUCCGGCGCACGCACCCCGGCACGGCCAUCGUCUACGCCGACCUCUACCGCGCCGUCACCGACCUCAUCGUGUCGCCCCUCAAAUACGGUUUCAGCGACAGGCCGCUGGCCGCGUGCUGCGGCGGCCGCGGCGCGUACAACUUCGACGCGGCGGCGUUCUGCGGCGCGGCGGGGACGGCGGCGUGCGCCGAUCCGUCGGAGUACGUCUCCUGGGACGGGGUGCACUUCACGGAGGCCGCCAACAGGCGCAUCGCGUGCGCCGUGCUCGAUGGAUCUCACGGCGCCGACGCGCCGCCGACUCUGUCCAUGCCCUGGGCCACGACGGAGGCUGGCCGCCGUAGGAUCGGGUGCGCCGAGUAGUCUAGGCCACGUAGGAUGGUACGCUGGUGGUGCUCAAGGUGGCUGCAGAUGGAUGCAGACAUAUGACUCCUGCAGGCUUAUUGGCGUUGUCAAAGAAAAAAAGAGGCCACAUUUUAUUUAUUUUUAACGACAUGCAUAAUUGAUAUAUGGUA